CCCCCCCACCCGGCACGGGCACGGCGAAACACCCCAGAAAUCCCACCCGUCUCCACCCAGAUAAUCGCGAGAGAUAUUUCGUCCCGGACGCGUCCGCCCCGACGACCGACCGACGAACAGCGCAAAAGUAGGAGGGAGAGGAUGAGCACCAUGGCGAUGUCGGCGCUGAACCCGGACGCGCCCAUGUUCAUCCCGGCGGCGUUCAAGAAGGUGGAGGACUACUCGCCCGAGUGGUGGGAGCUCGUCAAGACCACCGCCUGGUUCCGCGACCACUGGUUCCGCCAGCACCAGCUCUACGAGGACCUCGCCGACAACGUGGACGUGGACGACGUCGCCGCCCUCCUCCCCGACGACUCCGUUGACCUGCUCGACGCCGACGACCUCUUCUACUCCCCGCCGUCGCCCCAGCCCCAGCCCGACUUCUACCACUACAAACCAGCAGGGUUCGGCGGCGACAUGGACGCGGUGUUCAAGACGCUGAGCCUGAACUCGCCGAGGGGCGGCGGCCCCGCAGCAGCCUGGGCGCCGAUGAGGCACGCCGAGAAGCCAGCGCAGCACGUCAGCCCCAGGGCCGGCGGUGCCGCCCGCCGCGCCAUCCACCAGCCUCGCUAGAGCUAAACGAGUGCUGCUGCCGCCGCCGCUGCUGUGUAGUGUAACCUUGAGUUCAGUUCAGUCGGGUUCAGUCUAGUCUCUCCCUGCAUCUGUGUAUACAGCUGAAAAAUGAAGGGGAAAACAAACUGCAGGCCCCUGCUUGCUAGCUAGUGAUUUCCCUUCCCUUGUAGCUUCCCUCCCGUGUUCAGAAAUGGGUCAAGAACAAAAGCAAAAAAAACAAAAGAUCAUGUGUAAUCUAUGAUGAGAUGGUAAUCAGGUCCAACGCUAGACCUUUUCUCAA